AACCGAUCUCCUGGGAGUGCUGUAAAGUGUAAACACAGAGAUUCUCUAAGACGCAUAAAAGAUUCGACGUUUGCAAGCUUAAAAUUGACAGAGAAACAGCGUAUUUGUGCUACAAUUCAGUCACAAGCAAGCCGACCAUACAAUCGAAUGUUAACAUAUACAAGAAGUCUUGAAAAUUAUUGAAAUACCGGCAGAUAUAGUACAUUGUACAGGUCCAGAGGUUAAAUAAGCGAGGGUAUGUUUUGAGACACUCUUGAGCUGGAACUUUGCUAGUCUGACUUAGUCAAUAAUCAGUCAAGUGGACCUUCCACAGGCCUGUCUCAAUGGUGAUUGUAAGUUAUGUCAGCAGAUAUAUCCCUGCUCUGGACACAAUAUUGACAUUUCCUGUCGUUUACCAUUAUACCACGUCUGCAUCAUUGACCUCGGAGUGUAUAGACGUUUACAACAUGACUAAUAAUUCAACCACAUCGAAUGGUGGGGUGAUAAUACAGCGACGACCCAGUGUUAUUAAAGAAGUCCCAAAACAAGAGGAAAGUGCAAAGGAAAGUGAAGAAGAUGAAACAAUAGAUGUUGUGAGUUGUGAUGAGAUUAAUGGGGCAAUGGACGGAGGAGUGAAGAUGGAAAGUGAUGGGUUGAGAUUAGAAGGUAUGAGAACAAGAAGAAGAGGGAGAACAGCUGUUGAAGAUGGAAGCACGAAGAUGGUGAGAAGAAAGGGGGAUCUGUUAAAGAGAAAUGGAGCUGUUGAUGAUGAUUGGAAGCCUUUGGACAACAAGCGCCACAGAUGUAAUGAAUGCGACAUGAGAUUCAAGAAGCCAAGUGCCCUUGUCAUACAUUUGAGAACCCACUCAGGGGAACGCCCUUACUCUUGUAACCUCUGCGACAAACGCUUUUCAAUAUCAGGCAAUCUACGUCGUCACAUGUUCACUCACACGGGCGAGAAGCCUUACAAAUGUCGGGCGUGCGGGCGAGCAUUUAACAACCCAAGCCACCUUGCACGGCAUUCAAAGAAAAUACAUAUUUGAAACGUGCGUGGAUACUUGGAGAUGAAGCGGCAUGUGGAAGAGACGUACAGGCACGGCUCAGUCCGAAAGGACUCCGAAGAUUAACCGGACAUGGGACAAAACACAGCGAAGCUAAAACGGUCGUGUACGAGACGAAAGAACUAUCCGGACGUGUUGUAAAUGGGAGGAGAAUGUGUGAGACAUGCAUAAUGUAAUCAUAGAUUAUCAAAGUGAAGUUCCAAACAACGAAUCCCCCACAGGACUGCACUUUGGUGUGCUGAUUAUCAGCCAUAGCUUCAACAGUGAAGCAACAGUUGAAUUAACGUUUAUUUAUGCACUCGCAACUAUAACGGAUAAGUCGUAUGUCGAAAAGCGACCAAGUACCAUCACUAUAUUGAUUGACGGAAAUCUGCGAACAAUAUAAAUGAAUGUAAAUAAUGACUCUCUCUAUUGACAUGUUAAUUUGGAUGAACCCAAGAAUCGGUGAUGGUACAAAAACAAGAUAGGUAUAAACACCUGUAGCAUUGUAGCUGUAGCUGAACUUAUUAAAUGAUUGUGUGAUAUUUUAGCUGGAGAAAAACUAGAUGUAAAAGAUAACUUGGAUGAUUCAAUAAACAAUAGUUCA